AUGUCCGAGUCUUUGACCAUCAAUCAAUUCCUUGAGCCACUGCGAGAUGAAGAUGCAAAUGAGCUACGACACACACUUGCAGACUCGGCUCGACCUAUCUCUAUUAAUGACCGUUAUCAAGUGCUUGGACAGCCCGAAGAAUGGCAUUCUUUCACCUCUCGGAGUAUCCUCUAUGCCCGUGCUCUUCAGAGUUUACUAGGGAAGCGAAUUAGUCCCAGUGGCAGCCAUGGAUACCAGAUGCUUUCCGGAAUGCCGGAAACUCUGUACAUCGAUACUUUAAUUACCCGAGUUAAUGUCGCUCUUCAGCAUGCUAUCCCGUCUGGCGAUCGCUCUGCUACCAUCAUCGUGUGCCCUGGUGCUUUUGAUAGCCACCUGCCUGAUGAAAAGGGCGGUAAUUCGACUAUUUUACCCGACUUGGUUGUCUUGGAGGGUGAAUAUAAACCACAGGACAGAUAUUUCGAUACCUUGGAUGAACUUGCUUCCAAUCACAAGGUGCUUGCAGUUGGUGAUGUAAAAUUAGCGGAUAGAAAUGGCGAAGACACUGUUAGAGGUGCGCAUUCGUGCCAUCGGAGCUAUCUGGCUCAGGUACAGCACUAUGCAGUCAUGACCAACACACGUUUUGGCUUUGUUCUUACAAACAAAGAGCUGGUUCUGGCCCAAUUUCUACGUAGUGAUGAAGCUUUACGACGAGGUCAUGACCAACGGGGGCUAAGGUCCACAACUACCUAUCCACUUGAAGAAGGCCUUCGAUCUGACUUUAAGACCUCUGAUAUGGGGAGAUCGGAUAAGUCGACCAUGGCUGGACCACAGACUUCAAUUCCAUCGCGUCCAAAGAGGAGACAUGCGAGUAGUGACAGUCAAAGCUCCCCAUCUCGUUUCUGA